UGAAAAACUUAAAUGCCUCUCCUGUGCUUGUGAGAUAGAUUUCUUUCUUUAGUGUGUGACCUCUUGGGGUGAGCACUACUGGUGUUGGUGGCAAGGACUGAAGAAGCUGGCAUUUCAUACGUUGGCACACUGAGGAGCUGGGGAAUUAAACAUUUCGAUCUUGUGCUUUGAAAACAGCUGACAACGUGUGGUAAUGUGCUGACUGGCAUUAUGGGCAGACGAUACCCAGGGGCUCACUAUCGUCCAAGCAGCUCAUUUGACUCCAGUGUGGACACUUUGGCAGUGUUUAUGGCAAGCAACAGCACAACGGACGUUGUGAAUCGCAAUAAUCCCGCCACUCCACCAAAUACCCUUAACCUCCGUUCCUCCCACAAUGAGCUGUUGAAUGCAGAAAUAAAACACACAGAAACCAAGAACAGCACUCCUCCAAAAUGCAGGAAAAAAUAUGCAUUAACUAACAUUCAGACAGCCAUGGGCCUUUCAGAUCCAGCAGCACAGCCUCUUCUGGGGAACAACUCUGCCAACAUAAAGCUGGUAAAGAAUGGAGAGAACCAGCUUAGAAAAGCAGCAGAACAAGGGCAACAGGAUCCCAACAAAAACCUCACAACCACUGCAGGCAUAAACAUAACUUCUGAGAAGUUAGAAGGUAAAGAGCCAGUCCCCCAGGAUUCUUCUGGCUCUGAAAUACUGCCCUCACAACCCAGGAGAACCAAGAGCUUCCUAAAUUACUAUGCAGAUCUGGAAACAUCAGCCAGGGAACUAGAACAGAAUUUUGUGGUGAUGGAAGAGAAAUCUGCACAAAGCAACAGCCAGGCUUCUACCUUUAUUGUCAAUGGGGAUGUCCUGCCUGGGCAGCAAACCAAGCUGUCAAGCCCAGAAGAUGGCCAAGUAGCCACUGUAUCAAGUCCUGAGACUAAGAAGGACCAUCCUAAAACUGGAGCCAAAACAGAUUGUGCGCUACAUCGGAUUCAAAACCUGGCUCCAAGUGAUGAAGAUUCCAGCUGGACAACGUUGUCACAGGACAGUGCUUCUCCAAGCUCCCCUGAUGAAACAGAUAUAUGGAGUGAUCACUCAUUUCAGACAGACCCUGACUUGCCACCGGGCUGGAAAAAAAUCAAUGACAUUGCAGGGAUCUAUUAUUGGCACAUACCAACGGGAACAACCCAGUGGGAACGUCCUGUCUCCAUACCAACAGAUCGUCAGGGUUCAAGGAAAGGAUCCCUCAGUUCCAUAACUCCAUCUCCAACCCCAGAAACUGAGAAACAGCCAUGGAGUGAUUUUGCUGUACUGAAUGGGGGAAAGAUUAAUAGUGACAUUUGGAAGGACCUACAUGCAGCCACUGUGAAUCCAGACCCCAGUCUAAAAGAAUUUGAAGGAGCAACAUUACGUUAUGCAUCUUUAAAGCUCAGAAAUGUUCCACAGUCUGAUGAAGAUGAUUCCUGCAGCAUCAACAGUGAUCCGGAAGCCAAGUGUUUUGCUGUGCGCUCUUUGGGCUGGGUAGAGAUGGCAGAAGAAGAUCUUGCUCCUGGAAAAAGUAGUGUUGCUGUCAACAAUUGCAUCAGACAACUCUCUUAUUGUAAAAAUGACAUCAGAGACACAGUCGGAAUUUGGGGAGAGGGAAAAGACAUGUAUCUCAUACUGGAAAAUGACAUGUUAAAUUUGGUUGACCCAAUGGAUCGCACUGUUCUUCAUUCCCAGCCCAUUGUGAGCAUCAGAGUCUGGGGUGUGGGCCGUGAUAAUGGCCGAGACUUUGCUUAUGUAGCAAGAGACAAAGACACAAGAAUUUUGAAAUGUCACGUAUUUCGAUGUGACACACCAGCAAAAGCCAUUGCCACAAGUCUGCACGAAAUCUGUUCUAAGUUGCUACUAUACUAUAUGUUGGAAAAAAUGCUGUAUUAUCGCCGUCUUCUUCAGAUUAUGGCUGAACGGAAGAAUGCUAAAGCUGUGGCUUGCAGCUCAUUGCAAGACCGGACAAAUGCCACCCUAGAUGUUCCUCUGCAAGUAGAUUUCCCAACACCAAAGACAGAGCUGGUACAGAAGUUCCAUGUGCAGUACUUGGGCAUGUUACCUGUAGCUAAGCCUGUGGGAAUGGAUACACUGAACAAUGCUAUAGAAAGUCUUAUGACUUCCUUGAGCAGGGAAGACUGGAUGCCAGUUACCAUGAAUGUUGCUGAUGCCACCGUCACAGUCAUCAAUGAAACAAAUGAAGAAGAAAUCAUGGUGGAAUGUCGUGUACGAUUCCUGUCCUUUAUGGGAGUGGGCAAGGAUAUCCAUACAUUUGCCUUCAUUAUGGAUACAGGAAACCAGCAUUUUGAGUGCCAUGUUUUUUGGUGUGAGCCAAAUGCAGGCAAUGUAUCAGAAGCUGUUCAGGCUGCUUGCAUGUUACGGUAUCAGAAGUGCUUAGUAGCCAGACCUCCUUCGCAGAAAAUUCGACCACCACCUCCUCCUGCAGACUCGGUGACCAGAAGAGUUACAACUAAUGUAAAAAGAGGAGUGUUGUCCCUCAUUGACACUUUGAAACAGAAACGCCCUGUCACUGAAAUGCCAUAAGAGGAUUCUUGUAACACUUAACCCAAAAUAUAGUAGCUACACUAAGGAAAAUGAACUGAUGAUGCUCAGCCUUCCAUUUGAAAUUGCUGAUGCUUUGUCUUCAGAGAAUUUACCCUUAUCAAAACAAUGUUAGACAAGCAUGUUCUCUUGUUCUUGCCACCAUUGUGUGAUAUGAAAAGAAGCAUGAAUAAUUUUUUUGCUGUCAGUGAGUUACAUCAUGAGCAAUGGAAGGUCUAUUUCUGAUUGUAAAUAUUAUGAACAUUACCUAAAUUCACACACACAAAGAAUAUGGCCACAUCCCUCCUAGAGAACUAACGCUAAAAACCUUGGAGUGAAUGAUGCCUGAGUUAAUAGUUUCACCGUCUUGAGCUGGAUUUGUCACGAGCAAACCUUAAAUCCUGCAGCACUCUUCCCUAUUUUCAACACUGGAGUAGGUAUUGAAUAGUUACCAUUGACUUAUAAAUACCAAGUUUUAUUUUCCAAAACUGCACCUAUUAGUUUUAAAGUGUCUGUUGGAAUCAGUCUAGGAACUAUUUAACAACUCUCCCUGAAAUGCUUUUGAACCAUAGUAACCAUAUUUCAUCUACUGUUUAUAUAUUAUGACCUUGGAGAAGAAUUGUUUUAAUACCAAACUGAUGCUUAAGAUAUUGGAAAAGUUUUAAGCAAUACAAAUCAGGGUGCAUCAGCUUCAACUAUUCAUCCUCAGACAGACACAUGUACCUGGUAGCUGUUAAAUUUAUUCUCCAAAGUCCUGCAGCAUGCAACAAAAAUGUGAUUUGCUUCAGAUAGGAUUUAUCCCUAUCCUAAGUCAGCAGAGCCCAACCAGAACUGUGCAGACAAGGAACUAUACAUUUCCUUAGAUAAAACUGUGACCUUUUUUUCUUAACAAGCUUUCAGGUGAAGGCCUUGUGACGCAACUUUUCCCGUUGGAAUUUGUUGUCGAGUUAAAACUUACAUGGGCACAAAGGAAGAACAAUCACAUUUUUGCUGCAUAGGCCCGUUUGUGUGCACCUCGUCCUGUGGAGUUUUGUUUUACUUUCAUUCAUUCCCUUUCUGUAGCAGCUUUCAGCAACAGGUUGAAACAGCGAUACAGUUGUUCUGACAAUGGGGCUUCUCGUAGCACAACCUAGUUUUAAUACUUCUGCUUCAAAAACUCCAAUUAUGUUGGUCCACACCACAGCAAGUUCCUUGGCAACAAACCAUAAGGUAUUUCCCCUCAGAUUUGUGCAUUUUAAAUACUCUUAUCUGUGCUGACACUAAUUCUGAAAAGAGAUUGUCAAGGUUAACAGAUCCACAGUUUGACCUAUUUGGUCUUUACAUCUAUUCACAAAGGGUUUUGUUUUUUAAGUAAAUGCUUUCUUGUAUUUCUUCCCUUAAAAUUACUGUUGAUGGCUACCUAUGGGCACCCCUCUGGUAAACAAAUUAGGCUGGGUACGAGGUAACUGAAUACAUUUCAGCUUUUAGCUUAUAGAAGUACUAUUAAAAACAACAGGGGAAAAAGCUGUUAAAUGAACUGAGCCUAUAUGAAAUGGGACAACUGAGGGCCAGAGUGAGAUACCAAGUGUAGCUUUGGGGGUAGCAUUGGAGGAGGUGGCCCUGAAAUGCUCCUUAACCAGCGGUUAUUUUUUACAUUCUUUUAGCAGUACCUAGCACAAAGGGAACCCGACCUGGCUGAGACCUCUAACAGGAUACUACAGCACAAAGAUAUACAUUUAGCCUGCGGUUCCAGUUCAGCAAGGUGUUAAAAGUGCAUAUGUGAUACUAGGCAGACAAGGUUCUUUGGGUGAAUCUGAUAUCUUUUAUUAGACCAACUUAAAUAGUUGUAAAACAAUUAUUAAGCAAGCUUUUGUGUUCAAAAACCCUUCGUCAGGCUAAGGAAGUUUCAG